AUGUUGUGCAAUACAGCCCCAGACAAGCUGCGCUCCCCAUUACCCCCAGACAAGCUGCGCUCCCCGUUACCCCCAGACAAGCUGCGCUCCCCGUUACCCCCAGACAAGCUGCGCUCCCCGUUACCCCCAGACAAGCUGCGCUCCCCGUUACCCCCAGACAAGCUGCGCUCCCCAUUACCCCCAGACAAGCUGCGCUCCCCAUUACCCCCAGACAAGCUGCGCUCCCCAUUACCCCCAGACAAGCUGCGCUCCCCAUUACCCCCAGACAAGCUGCGCUCCCCAUUACCCCCAGACAAGCUGCGCUCCCCAUUACCCCCAGACAAGCUGCGCUCCCCAUUACUCCCAGACAAGCUGCGCUCCCCAUUACCCCCAGACAAGCUGCGCUCCCCAUUACCCCCAGACAAGCUGCGCUCCCCAUUACCCCCAGACAAGCUGCGCUCCCCAUUACCCCCAGACAAGCUGCGCUCCCCAUUACCCCCAGACAAGCUGCGCUCCCCAUUACCCCCAGACAAGCUGCGCUCCCCAUUACCCCCAGACAAGCUGCGCUCCCCAUUACCCCCAGACAAGCUGCGCUCCCCAUUACCCCCAGACAAGCUGCGCUCCCCAUUACCCCCAGACAAGCUGCACUCCCCAUUACCCCCAGACAAGCUGCGCUCCCCAUUACCCCCAGACAAGCUGCGCUCACCGUUACCCCCAGACAAGCUGCGCUCACCGUUACCCCCAGACAAGCUGCGCUCACCGUUACCCCCAGACAAGCUGCGCUCACCGUUACCCCCGGACAAGCUGCGCUCACCAUUACCCCCGGACAAGCUGCGCUCCCCAUUACCCCCAGACAAGCUGCGCUCACCUUUACCCCCAGACAAGCUGCGCUCACCAUUACCCCCAGACAAGCUGCGCUCACCAUUACCCCCAGACAAGCUGCGCUCACCAUUACCCCCAGACAAGCUGCGCUCACCAUUACCCCCAGACAAGCUGCGCUCACCAUUACCCCCAGACAAGCUGCGCUCACCAUUACCCCCAGACAAGCUGCGCUCCCCAUUACCCCCAGACAAGCUGCGCUCCCCAUUACCCCCAGACAAGCUGCGCUCCCCAUUACCCCCAGACAAGCUGCGCUCCCCAUUACCCCCAGACAAGCUGCGCUCCCCAUUACCCCCAGACAAGCUGCGCUCCCCAUUACCCCCAGACAAGCUGCGCUCCCCAUUACCCCCAGACAAGCUGCGCUCCCCAUUACCCCCAGACAAGCUGCGCUCCCCAUUACCCCCAGACAAGCUGCGCUCCCCAUUACCCCCAGACAAGCUGCGCUCCCCAUUACUCCCAGACAAGCUGCGCUCACCAUUACCCCCAGACAAGCUGCGCUCCCCAUUACCCCCAGACAAGCUGCGCUCCCCAUUACCCCCAGACAAGCUGCGCUCACCAUUACUCCCAGACAAGCUGCGCUCCCCAUUACCCCCAGACAAGCUGCGCUCCCCAUUACCCCCAGACAAGCUGCGCUCCCCAUUACCCCCAGACAAGCUGCGCUCCCCAUUACCCCCAGACAAGCUGCGCUCCCCAUUACCCCCAGACAAGCUGCGCUCCCCAUUACCCCCAGACAAGCUGCGCUCCCCAUUACCCCCAGACAAGCUGCGCUCCCCAUUACCCCCAGACAAGCUGCGCUCCCCAUUACCCCCAGACAAGCUGCGCUCACCAUUACUCCCAGGCUCCUGGUCUUGGCUUCAUUUCUGCUCUGACAGCAGAUCUUAUACUUGGGGACUUUCACUACUUCAAACUGUGGGUGUAAAUGUUGGAUUAAUGAUGACGAUGAUCUGCAUGGAAACUCCCCAUGUCUGGUGCUAUCGAUGA